AUGCAGUCAUCCGGAGGCAGCUCAGCCCACUGGGAGUCUCAUCUCGCCGGUGUGGCUCCGUGCCAUUUCCCUCGACUUGGAGCUUCCACUUCCGGGCCAAAAAGGCCGAUGACAAUCAAAGUGCCUCUAGACCAAACCCAGGCUCUAAAGGAGCUCUGUGAAUCGAACACCACCGCAUUACCUGCAGCUCUUCGCGCUACAUGGAGCUUGGUACUACACUGUUAUACCGGUGCCGAAGAUGUUUGCUUCGGAUACCAGGAUGCGGCCGCUACAGCUGUUUUACCAGUAGCUCGACUGGCAGUUGAAGACGAUACAGAGAUGUCGCGGUUGGUCGAGGCCGCUCAUACUGAGUAUGAGAGUAGCCUGCCGUUUCACGGUGAUGUUCCUCCCAGUGCGACCGGACCCGUGGGGCAGCGCCUCUACAACACCAUUUUAUCCUUUCGCAGUGCCGCUAAAGCUGGCUCCGCACCUCCUUCACGGGCCCCUAACACGGCUCUGCCGGAAGAUUGUCGCAUCCGGCUUAUGACCAAGCUCAUGAGCGGAAGAAUGAGUAUCUUCCUUGAGUGGUGGAGCGUCGACAUGACUAUGGAACAGGCAAUGGGAGUUGCUUCGACUGUGGGCAAAGCUUUUACUGCCGCCGCUACCUCUCCAGCUCUCACGGUUGGCGCUUUUGAUGCGCUAACUCCUCUCCACCUGAAGCAAAUUUUGAAGUGGAACAAUUACCCCUUGACCACCGUCAAUCGCUGUAUUCAUGAAGUUAUCCACGAAGUAGCCAACCGUCUGCCGGACGAUGAAGCUAUUUGUGCCUGGGACGGAAGCCUUUCGUUCAAGGAGCUAGACCAUCUUACUUCUCGGCUCUCGCUCAAGCUGGUGGAAUUGGGCGUGGGGCCGGAGGUCAGAGUCCCUCUUUGCUUUGACAAGUCGAAAUGGUAUGUGGUUUCAAUGGUCGCUGUUAUGAAAGCUGGUGGAGCUUUUGUCCCCUUUGAUCCUUCGCAUCCGAUCCCACGAUUGCAAGGGCUAGUCAAAGCGCUCGACGCGUCGCUCCUUCUCUGCUCCGCCCACUAUUCACAGCAUCUCGCCACGGUCGCAAAAACCGUCCUGCCUGUCGACAAUGCAUUGGUAAAGGAGUUGCCUUCGGGCCCUGACGCUAUCCGCUUCGCUAGCCGCGCCAAGCCCAAUAACGCCGCUUAUAUUAUUUUCACUUCGGGCUCCACCGGAGAACCAAAGGGUGCACUAUUGGAGCAUGUUGCUUUCUGCUCGAGCGCCGCGGCUCACUGCGGGUCCCUUGGUAUCACAGAGGGCUCUCGAUGUUUGCAGUUUGCAGCACAUACUUUCGACGCUAGUCUUGUCGAGAUCCUCACCCCCUUAAUGAGAGGGGCGUGUGUGUGCAUCCCUAGCGAGGAGGCGCGACUGAAUAACAUCGUUCAGGCGAUAAACGACAUGCGCGUCAAUGUCGCAACUCUAACGCCUUCUUUUGUGGGCUUUAUCGAGCCGGCCGACGUCCCCUGCCUGGAGUAUCUCGUCCUUGCUGGCGAGGCUAUGUCCCAAAGCCAUAUUGAUACCUGGUCGAAGAUUAACCUCAUUAACGGUUUCGGUCCAACCGAGACGGGAGUUGCUUGUGCUGUGAAUUCGAAUGUGACUGCGACAACAGAUCCAAAGGAUAUUGGCUUUCCCGUUGGUGGACAUACAUGGGUGGUUAACUCCGAAGAUCACGAUCGGCUUGUUCCCCCUGGAUGUGUGGGAGAGCUACUAGUUGAGGGACCCACUCUAGCCAGGGGUUACAUCAACAACCCCGAGAAAACCACAGAGGCGUUCAUUUAUGACCCCGUUUGGUCUCGUACAGGCGAAACAAGAAGCGAAAAACGGCGAUUCUACAAGACUGGUGAUCUGGUCCGAUACAAUUCGCCCGAAGGAUCUUUUAAUUAUGUCGGUCGAAAGGAUACCCAGGUCAAAUUUCAUGGCCAACGAGUUGAGUUGGGUGAAAUUGAGCAUAAACUAAAUCUGGCACCACAUGUAAAGCAUGGCCUGGUGCUGCUUCCAAAGACCGGUAAUUGUAAAGGCAAACUGGUCUCCAUUCUCUCGUUCUCUGACGACGUUACCGAGAAAUUUACCAAUGACCCAAAGUCGCUUCGACUGAUUGAGACUAAGGAGAGAGAUGAGUACGUUGACAUCGCUCGUGAGGCCAUGGCCGGCCAACUACCUGCGUACAUGGUUCCCUCCAUCUGGGUCUGCAUGGAGUCUCUUCCUCGGCUACCUUCAGCAAAGCUGGAUCGUAAAGGGGUCGCCAAGUGGAUAGAUGCUAUGUCAGAAGAUGUCUACCAUGAAGUGUCUGGAGCACAGCAACUGGAAGCCGGUAAUAGCGAGAUGUCUGAGCCUGCCAAUGCCGUUGAGGCCGCGAUUCAGGCUGCUUGGAGCCGCAUUCUGAACAUUCCCCUCAAUCGCAUCAGCUUGGAUCAGAGCUUCCUUAGCCUUGGCGGCGAUUCCAUAACUGCCAUGACAUGUAUGGGCCAAUGCAAGAAGGCAGGCCUUGGCUUCACUGUCCAAGAGAUUUUGCGGAGCAAGUCCAUCCGAGCCCUGGCUCUCUGUGUUAAAGAAGUCAAGAGAGCGGUUGAUCUCAAAGAAGAAAUAAACGUUGACUUCGAGCUUCAGCCUAUCCAACAAUUUCACUUUACUGUCAGGAAUGACGGGCUGGGACACUUCAACCAGAGCUUCUUCCUUAAGCUGUCGAGGAAGACGAGCGAGCAGUCCCUCCAACGUGCCGUUGAUGCCCUUGUUGAGCGACAUUCUAUGCUGCGGUCUCGAUUUAGACAGUCAGGACCCAAUGGCGAAUGGCGGCAAUAUAUCACCAACGAUUAUAAAACGUCGUGCAGGUUUAGAGCUCACCAAGUCCAAACGCAGAAGGGCGCUGAACCUGCAAUUGCGGAUAGUCAAGCUUCAAUCAGCGCUACCAAGGGACCUCUCUUUGCGGUAGACCUAUUUGAUGUGAAUGGCAGCCAGCAACUUCUGUUCAUGACAGGUCACCAUUUGGCCAUUGAUUUGGUCUCUUGGCGUGUCAUCUUGGAGGACCUCGAGGAACUUCUUGUUAACCCUACUAAUCCAUCUCUCAAUGACAAGUCAAUUCCCUUCCAAACAUGGGCUAAGCUUCAAACAGAACAUUGCCAGGACCUCAGUCUAUCACAUGUUCUGCCAAAUGAUAAUAUACCCCAAGCCAACUUUGCCUACUGGGGCGCGGAUGUCAAAGGUAACACCUAUGGCGCUUCUGCAGCUGAGGGAUUUGAGAUUGAUGCUUCUACGACCUCUUUCCUUCUCACUGACUGCCACAAUGGGCUUCGCACGGAACCUGUUGACCUUUUUGUGUCUAUUCUUAUCCAUUCAUUCAGCCAAGUUUUCACCGAUCGUGAGCCCCCUGCCAUUUACAACGAGGGCCACGGCCGUGAAAUCUGGGAUGAAUCAAUUGAUAUUGCCAGGACUAUUGGAUGGUUUACCACUGUUUAUCCCAUCUUUGUUUCCAACUCUGCAUCUAAGGGCCUGGUAGACAUUACUAGAAAUGUCAAGGAUAUUCGCCGCGCUGUGCCCGGAAAUGGCCGGCCAUACUUUGCUACUCGCUGGUUGACUGACAAGGGCCGAGCAGCUUGGGGCCACCAUGCCCCUAUGGAGCUGUCAUUUAACUACCUUGGCCAAUAUCAACAGCUCGAACGAGAAGGUGCUCUACUCAACCCUGUUGAUGAGUUGGCUGGUGAAGCCAAGGAAGCUGGCGGAAUUGCUGAUUAUGCCAUUGGUACUCCUCGGUUCGGUCUUUUUGAGAUAUCUGCUGUUAUUGCUGCCGGAAAACUCAGGUUUUCCUUCACUUUUAACCGACACAUGAAGUACCAGAAUCUAAUUCGACAGUGGAUUUCUCACUGCAAGAGCUCCUUGCAAAACGCCUCAAAGCUAUUCAUGGGAUUGCCCUUCACGCCUACUCUCAGCGACUAUCCUCUUCUAGCAUUGAAUUAUGACACGCUAGAUUCUAUGAUAACCGAAAAACUUCCACUCGUUGGAGCCAAAAGUGCACAAGAUAUUGAAGAUGCCUAUCCUUGCUCCCCCAUGCAACAAGGCCUUCUCCUUAGCCGCAGCAAAGAUGGUGCCUUCUAUGCAGUGAAUGGCACUUACGAGGUGAAGCCCAAGAAAGGUAACACUGUUAACGCCGAAAAACUUGCAGCUGCCUGGGGUUUGAUUGUGCGGCGCCAUGCCUGCCUUCGAACUGUCUUUAUUGAAGGUCUAAGCAGUAAUGGCGUUUAUGAUCAAGUUGUUUUAAAACAGUUGCCUUUUGGGCCUUCACGACUUCGUUGUACUCGCGAAUCGGAAGUCUUAGCAACUUUGAACGGCCAAGGUUUCAUGCAAUAUACUGAUCACACACCUGCUAAUCGUUUCACUAUAUGUGAAACCUCAAAUGGAAAAGUAUUUUGUCGGUUGGAACUGAGUCAUGCUGUUAUGGAUGGUGCAUCGAUGUCCAUCAUAUUCGACGAUCUAUGUCGUGCUUACGCUGGAGAGCUCAAAGACGAGACCGGCCCACUAUUUAGUGCCUACGUCGCCUACUUACAGACUCAGUCGUUGGAUCAUGGUCUUUCAUUUUGGAAGCCUUACCUUAGUGGACUGGAUCCAUGCCAUUUCCCGGUUCUAAAUGACGGUGUCACUGUUAAGAAGGAACUCCACAACAUCAGGCUUGAGUUCAGGGAGCUAGCUACUCUUCAGGGGUUCUGUGACGCCCAGGGGCUUACCUUACCAAACGCCAUCCACACUGCGUGGGCAUUGACUCUUCGGGCAUUUGUAGGCUCUGAAGACACCUGCUUUGGCUAUCUCUCUUCUGGACGUGACGCACCAAUUGAUGGCGCGGAUGCUGCUGUUGGCCCGUUCAUUAACAUGCUUGUUUGCCGUGUUAAGAUGCCAGGAGAUGCUUCCCUUCUAAGUGUUUUGGAGCAGGUGCAGAAGGAUUACAUGGACAGUUUGCCUUAUAAGCACACAUCUUUGGCCGAAGUCCAACAUGCGCUGAAACUUUCUGAUACUGCACUGUUUAAUACUUGCGUUUCUUACCGCAAACUUCCCCCAAAUAAGAACAAGAAGCCUUUAAUAGCCUUCGAAGAAUUUGCCCCGACACAUGACCCCGACGAGUACCCAAUCUCCAUCAACAUUGAAGCUUCGGAUGAAGUCGUCGCUAUCGACCUUGAUUACUGGACUGACUCCAUUUGUGACAAACAGGCCAGAAAUGUCGCUUCCUCAUUUUUCCGUUGCCUGGAGAAUAUCACUCAUAAUUCCCACCUUGAGAUUGCCAAACUUGACAAUCUUAGCAAUUUGGAUUAUGAGACGAUCUGGGACUGGAACAGUCACAUUCCCCCAACUAUUCCCGACUGUAUUCACUAUGUAAUAGCCAAGCAAACUGCCCAAAGACCCGACGCCCCAGCUAUUUGUGGAUUUGACGCAAGUUUUACCUACAAGGAACUUGAUGAAGUCUCAACCCGUUUGGCUUCAUACCUUGUUGCCCUAGGCGUUGCCCCAGAAACUUUUGUGCCGACCUGCUUCGACAAAUCUGCCUACACUGUUGUUUCUAUGCUUGCUGUUUUGAAGGCAGGUGGUGCCUGUGUUCCGCUUGAUGCUACCCACCCUAUGCCCGCCCUUGAGACCAGAGUAGUUGACACCGAGGCUCAAAUUGUCGUUGCAUCGGCCGCCAGGGCUGCCAUGUUUGAUGAUAUGGUCCCUUAUGUUGUUGCUGUUGACGCAGAAUUCCUCGAACAACUCCCUGACUAUGGCGAGGACAUUGGCAUCCCUGCUGAACCGAGUAACCCUGCAAUCGUGAUAUUCACUUCUGGCAGUACUGGAAAGCCAAAGGGCGUGGUACUUGAACAUAGUGCAAUGGUCACUAGUGCUGAAGCUCAUGGUUCUGCUUUAGGCGUUGGACCUGAUACACGAUUCCUACAAUUUGCCACUUAUACCUUCGACAACAGUCUUGAGGAAAUGUUCACCACUCUCAUGCGUGGCGGGUGUGUCUGUGUUCCUUCGGAAGAUGACCGCUUCAAUGACUUGGCUGGUGCUAUCGACAGGCUCGAUGCCAACUUCAUGGAUCUGACACCUACGGUUGCCACUUUCCUGAAGCCAGCUGAUGUGCCUAAAAUCAAAGCUAUGGCUGUUGGUGGAGAAGCUUUGACUAAAAAGGCUCAGGAAAUUUGGGGAGGCUCUAUUCAGAUGCAUAACCAAUAUGGUCCCUCAGAAUGCUCCAUUAAUUGUGCUCAUAAUCCAGAUGCUGGCACUAUUGAGGAUGUCUCUAACAUAGGGCGCAGUGUUGGUAGUGUCUCCUGGGUUGUCGAUCCAGCGGACCAUAAUAAGCUUGUUCCAGUCGGGUGUGUUGGCGAAUUGUGUGUCGAGGGUCCAAUCGUUGCCCGUGGCUAUCUUAAUGAUGCAGAGAAGACAGCUAAAUCCUUCGUUAUAAACCCAGCUUGGACAGCUCAUGACCCUAACAUACGCGAGUUCCCUACGCGACGUAUGUACAAGACUGGUGACCUUGUUCGUUAUAAUAGUGACGGAACAAUGGCAUUCCUUGGUAGGAAAGAUACCCAAGUCAAAUUCAAUGGACAGCGAAUUGAACUUGGUGAAAUUGAGUACCACGUGAAGGAAAACCUGCCAGAGGAAUCUCAAUCCGCAGUGCAGCUUGUCGUUCUCGGCGGCGCAAAAUCUCUUGCUGCCUUCAUUUACCUGGAACCCUCUGCUGAUGCUGACGCUGAGCAGACCAUCCUUCCAAUGACGGCUUCCAUCCAGUCGUUGGCCAAACACCUGGAAGCUUCAGUGACAAAAUCUCUACCUGCGUACAUGGUUCCUUCAAGUUAUAUUCCGGUUGCAAGAAUGCCGAUGACCUCCUCCGGAAAACUAGACAGACGUACCUUAACUAUCUGGGCCAAGGAUCUACCUGAUGAUGUGGCCAUUACAUACAGACUUGGUGGUGUUGGCGGACGAGCCCCUGAAACGGAGGCUGAGAAGAUCUUGCAGGGACUUUGGGCAGCAGUCUUAUCGAAGCCUGCAUCCUCCAUUGGUGCUGAUGAUAGCUUUUUCCGUCAUGGAGGUGACUCUAUCGGAGCGAUGAAGCUAGUUGCAGCGGCUCGAGUUAAGGGAGUCACUCUUAGUGUUUCUAAGAUCUUUUCCUCCCCUAAGCUUUGUGAUAUGGCUAGCACCUGCUCAAUAUCUUCAUCGAGCAAAUCUCUUGGAGCCAGCCCUAUCGAAAAGGAGCCAGUGAAACGCUUUGAACUUCUUCCGCCCAGUGUUUCUAUAAAUGCUCUCGUGGACGAAGUCUCUUCAAUCUGCGAUGUUGAUGCUUCGAAUAUACACGAUAUGUACCCAUGCACGUCGCUACAAGGCGGACUUGUUGCACUUUCUAGCAAAACUCCAGGAUCCUAUGUUGCUCAAAGCACCUUCAAGCUACCCGCUGACCUUGACUUUGAUAAGUUCAGAACAUCCUGGCAAGCUGUAGCUGAUUCAGAGGUUGUUCUCCGUACUCGAGUUGUCUUCACCGACUUGCUUGGAUUCUUACAAGUUGUUGUUAACGAGCCCAUUGAGUGGAAUUCUGUUACUAGUUUGAGCAAUAUCAAAGAUGAAAACCGUCACCUUCCUGGUCGUGACGGCGGCCCCCUUGCGAAAUACACAAUUGUUGGAGAAGGAACUUCCAAUCCAUAUUUUGUGUGGACCGCACACCACGCGUUGUAUGAUGGCUGGAGUAUCCCCACGCUUCUUGAACGAGUGGCCUACUGCUAUAAGAACCCAGAGUCUACCAGCACAGGAACUGAGGCCUCCUUCCCAGAUUUUAUCAAGUACCUGUCAACUAUCGAUAAAAAGGCUUCUGAUGACUUCUGGAUUUCGAAGUUAGAAGACCCAAAAGCUACACCUUUCCCUGCCCUCCCGUCUACUUCAUACAAAGUCCAGGCUACAAGCAAGUGUACUCACUCUGCUCAAGUGGCACAAUCCUCCUCAAGAGAAACCACCAUCGCUUCCAUUAUUCGCGCUGCAUGGGGUCUUACUAUGGCUUUCUACACCUCGUGCGAUGAUGUUAUCUUCGGCGAAAUCCUUACUGGUCGCGAUGCCCCCGUUCCCGGUAUUGAGGACAUGAUUGGACCUACUCUUACAUCCAUCCCUUCAAGAAUUCAGGUCAAUCGUGACCAAACGGUCGCUGAAUAUUUACAAGACAUGCAAAAGCAGCUAGCCGAAACGAUGGCCUAUCAAUUUGCAGGCCUGUCUCAAAUUAAACGCCUUGGAGAUGAUGCUUCGACCUCCUGUGAAUUCCAGAACGCUAUUGCUAUCACACAGGAUGCAGACGAGACUGCUGACGGAUUUUGGGAGAUGACAAGCUCAGGAACCACUGGAAAUAACUUUUAUACGUACCCGCUCAAUCUUUCAUGCACCCUGCGUCAACCUAACGGAAUUGAUAUUGAGGCAUACUAUGACAAGGAUAUUAUUUCUACUUGGCAAGUAGAGAGACUGCUGCGACAGUUUGAUACCAUCCUGCGCAACUUGUCCUUAGGCGAGAAUGCGCAAAUGAAAGUUGGAGAGAUUGAACUGGUUAGCUCCGAAGAACGGAAAGAACUUGAAAUUAUCAACAAGAAUGGAGCAAAAUUCGUUGACCGGUGCAUUCAUGAUCUUAUCCAAGAGCAAGCCAAACUACGGCCGCAAGCAGAGGCUAUAUGCUCCUGGGACGGAACAUUCACAUAUCAGGAGCUUGAUAAUCUAUCAACAGCCCUUGCACAUCACCUUAUUGAACUAGGUGUACGGUCGGACCCUGAGAUGUUUGUGCCUAUCUGCUUUGAGAAAUCGGCAUUUGCAAUCAUUUCUAUGUUGGCAAUUUUCAAAGCUGGCGGAGCGUUUGUCACCAUCGAUCCAGAACACCCAAUUUCUCGACUCCAAGGCAUUAUCGCUGACGUUGAGGCGUUCCUUAUUCUCUGUUCACCAAAGCAUCAGGAACUGUGUGAUUCUGUUGCACCCCAGGCACUUGUUGUCGAUCUCGAGAUGCUUCAGCAACUACCAAAACAACAUCUGCCAACUCCCGAGGUCGCACCUACUCAUGCUGCCUAUAUAAUCUUUACCUCUGGGACAACGGGAACCCCGAAGGGAACCCUGAUUGAACAUUCUGCAUACUGCUCCUCUGCUGCUGCCCAUGCACCCGCAUUGGGAAUUACGGCAGAGUCUCGCACCCUUCAAUUUGCAUCAUAUACCUUCGAUGCGUGCUGCCCUGAGAUCCUAACAACUCUCAUUGUUGGAGGAUGCGUUUGCGUUCCAAGUGAUUGGGAACGACUUAAUGAUAUCAGCAACUACAUCAAGGACAAACGCGUGUCAAAUGCGACCUUGACCCCAUCCUUCGUCCAAUUAAUGAAUCCGGAUGAUGUUCCGAACCUGAAAUACCUUGCACUUGUUGGAGAGGCGAUGUCAUCUGCACAUGUAGUGAACUGGGCUGGCAAACUAAAUUUGCUAAAUGGAUACGGGCCCAGCGAGUGCUCGGUUUCCGCUGUCAUCAAUAGCAAGAUGGACGUCAAUAGCAAUCACAAAAACAUCGGCCGCCCGCUCGACCGAUGUUGGAUUGUUGACCCUGUUAACCAUGAUAGGCUGGUGCCCAUUGGAGCAGUUGGAGAGUUAUUGAUAGAGGGUGCUACUCUCGCGAGAGGCUACCUCAAAAGAGCGGAUAAGACAAAGGAAGUGUUUAUACAAAAUCCAAAAUGGGCAUGCCAGGGUAAUGGUGCCAUACGGAGAAUGUAUAAGACGGGUGAUCUUGUUAAGUACGAUCCAGAUGGCUCUAUGAAUCUCGUUUUUAUGGGCCGCAAAGAUACUCAGGCUAAAGUUCGAGGCCAACGACUGGAGCUUGAUGAAGUUGAGCACCACCUUGGUGCUGACAUCCUCAUCCAACACGCCCUUGUAGCAGUUCCAGUGAAGGGUUUUGCCGCUAAAAAACUCACUGUUGCAGUCACAUUCCAUCACCUUCGUGCCUCGGUGGCUACAGCUACUUCUCUGGAGGUCAUUAGAUCAGAAGAGGCUAUAAGAAUGGCAUCAGAAGCUCGAGAGCGCCUGAGAAAACGACUUCCCGGUUACAUGGUUCCUUCGAAAUGGAUCGUUUUCCAUCAAUUACCACUAAUGUCCUCCGGGAAGCUCAACAGGAGACAAAUUGUUACAUUCAUGGAGAAAAUGCAGGACAAUCCAGACGCGACUCCCAUGGUCACUCCAGAUGCCCCAGAGACUCAUCCAGCCAAAGCAGUCGAAGUCGUCCCUCAAAUUGAUAUCCGUGAAAGUCUCUGGAAGGUGUGGAGUCAAAUACUCAAUUUACCAGUAGAAGAAACUGAUAUGAAAUCUUCAUUCCUUCAUCUGGGCGGUGAUAGUAUUUCCGCCAUGCAAGUCAUGGCUAGAUGCCGUUCCCAGGGUAUUACUGCAAAUGUGCAGGAUAUCAUGCAGAGCAAGUCAAUUAUGGAUUUGGCAACUCGGGUCAAGGUCUCAAAGUCACUUGCCACUGCACCUCUGAAAGAGACAAAAGCAGUUGAGAACGGAAAGCCAUUCAGGCUUUCUCCCAUCCAGCAGGUUUACCUUGACAAUGCUGGAGAUAACUGGAAGCAAUUCAAUCAAAGCGUUUUGCUGAAGAUUACCAACAGAAAGAGCAAUGAUGCCAUUUCCCGAGCUAUGAAUCAGCUGAUGAGCCUCCAUCCUAUGCUGCAUGCUCGAUUCCAGCGAAACAAGAAUGGAGAGUGGCGCCAGCACAUCAGCAGUGACUUGAAGGGGUCACUCAAAUUCCAAACGCAUUCUGAUGCACGACGCGGCCAGAUGAGUUCUUUGAUUGAGCAGAGCCAGAAGGCUUUGGACAUCGAAAACGGGCCUCUUGUUGCUGUCGAUAUAUUCGCUUUGCCGGGAUCUGAGACCCAGAUGUCGAUAGCAAUUCAUCAUCUUGUCAUUGAUGUUGUCUCCUGGAGAAUCGUCCUCCAAGACCUUGAGGACCUGCUGAACGGCGCAUCUAUCACCCGCCAAGAUUUAACCUUCCAGUCCUGGUGUGAGCUGCAGAUACAGAAUGCUCAAGAAGACAGCGUCCAACGUGUUAUUCCUGCAACCGCUAUUCCACCAGCAGACCUUAGUUACUGGGGUAUGACCGGAAAAUCUAACACCUUCGGUGAAGUUCUGACUGAGGAAUUCGAAUUCGAACAAUCAACUACGACGCACAUUCUUGACGCUUGCCAGAAACAACUUGGAGCUGACCUGGUUGAUGUUCUUCUUGCUACUAUUCUUCUCUCCUUCCGUCAAGAAUUUAGUGAUCGUCGAGUUCCACCCGCAGUCUUUAAUGAAGGUCAUGGUAGAGAGCCUUGGACUCCAGCUACGACCCUUCGUCCAUCGUUGGAUGGUUCACCACAUGAGUCUGCCAUUCGUUUAUUGAUACCAUUCGAUGGGUCCCAGGACUUCCGGCCGGAAAAAGAAGCAUUUGGAAACCAUUGGCCAAUGGAGGUUGCUUUCAACUACUUGGGCCAGAUGCAAGCAAACAGUCAAGCGCGGUCUCUUCUAGAACCGGUUGAUGGAGCGGGUGGACAAUCUGUCAAUUCCCUUUCCGAUAUUGGCCCUGACGUGCCUCGCUUCGCACUUAUCGAAAUAUCAACGGUCAUAGAACAAGGUAUCUUGAAAUUUUCCCUUACUUACAAUAAAAACAUGCAUCGACGACAGGGCAUUCAAGGCUGGUUUUCAAAGUGCAAAACUCUGCUUGAGAGUUCUUGCAAAAUGUCACAACUACAAACCCUUACACCCGCACAAUUCCCACAUUUACCUCUAGCUUUCGGUAGCUCAAGGAGAAUUGCUGAAGAGCUGCCUUCUCUCGGCGUUCAAUCCUUGAACGAUGUUGAGGAUGUCUAUAUGAUAUCCCCCAUGCAACGUGGUAUCCUGAUCAGCCAGUUGAAAGAUCCCAAGAAGUAUGCCUAUCAUUCCGUUUUUGAGGUGAAGUCAAAUAAGAGAGGCCAUCGUAUCGACCUUCAACAAUUGGAAGCAGCUUGGCAGGUUGUUGUUCGCCGCCAUAGUGCUCUCCGGACCGUGUUCAUCGACAGUGUAUCCGGCAACAACCUGAUGGAUCAAGUGGUUUUGAAGCAAUUCCAUGCUCGAACGCUUCUGCGAGAACCUUCAAACGAAGACUACAACGCUGCUAUCGAAAACUUAGAGCCACUGGACUACACGGAGAAGCAGCCACCACAUCGUAUGACGCUCUGCCAGACACCAAGUGGAAGAGUUGUCUGCAAGCUUGAGAUCAGCCAUGCAGUCUCUGACGGCUCUUCGAUGAUGAACAUGUUGAAUGAUUUGUCUACGGCAUACAACUCCACUUCAGAUUUGGAUACUGCAAUGCCGUAUAGUGACUUCAUCGCUCAUCUCCAGUUAACCUCGAAGGAAGCUGGUGUUGCCUACUGGAAAACAUACCUUAGCGGUCUUGAACCAUGCACAUUACCUUCACUGGCUUCAAUUCCACUUCCAAAGGAGAGAGCAGUUGGGGAAUACGUUAUGAAGCUCCCUAUAGGAUCCGAGCUGCAAUCCUUCUGUAAGCAAGAAGGACUUACUCAGUCCAAUGUCCUACAGCUGGUUUGGGGACUUGUGCUUCGCGCCUAUACCGGCUCCGACGAAGUCUGCUUUGGAUAUGUCGCUUCUGGGCGUGACCUACCGAUAGAUGGCAUUUAUGAAGCUGUGGGUGCUUUCAUAAAUAUGCUAAUAUGCCGCCUUAACUUGACAGAUAACUCUGUUCUCAUUGAUAUCCUCCAGAAGACUCAGUCUGACUACAUGCAAAGCAUCAGCUAUCAAAAUUGUUCCCUGGCAGAGGUGCAGCACGAGCUGGGCUUGGGAGACACUGCGUUGUUUAACACUGUCUUCACAUUCCAGAAGCGACCUAGCUCUGAUGACGCUGAAGAUACAGCGCUUUCAUUCGAAUCAAUCGGAGCUACUGAUCCCAAUGAGUUCAAUAUGUCUAUCAACAUUGCUGCCAUAGACUCCGACCUUGAGAUUGAUUUUGGCUAUUGGUCCGAUACUGUGUCUGAUGCCCAUGCUGAAAAUAUUGCCAAUACCUUCAAACAAGUCCUCAGCGACAUUAUUGAAUAUGGUAUCGAUAGACCCCUAGGAGACAUUAACCACUUCGGUGAGCACAGCUACCAGCAAGUGCGUUCUUGGAAUGCUCAGAGUCCCCAGGUAGUCGACAAGUGUGUUCAUGAAAUCAUCGAGGAGCAAGCGAUGUUGCGCCCUCGUUCGGCUCUUGCCAUAUGUGCAUGGGAUGCAACUUUCACUUACUCAGAGCUGGAUGCUGCCGCAUCUCGCGUCGCUGCACAGCUGAUGAACCUUGGAGUUGGUCCUGAUGUUUAUGUGCCUUUGUGUUUUGAGAAAUCUGCGUGGGCGAUUGUGGCCCAGUAUGGUAUUCUCAAGGCUGGUGGUGCCUUUGUCUCGCUCGAUCCCUCUCACCCGGAACAGAGAUUGGCCAACCUGAUAGAGGACGUUGGUGCCGAGGUUGUUUUAUGCUCAUCACGCCUUCACGAUAAGAUUAGAAAGAUUGUUAAGAAAGCUGUUGUCCUGGACUCAAAAACGAUUCAACAAUUCCCUAAGCAGCCCUCCCUACAGCCAGACAACUACGCAGAUCCUUCCAAUGCUGCCUAUGUUAUUUUCACUUCUGGCACCACGGGUAAACCAAAGGGCACCGUUAUUGAGCAUGCUGCUAUCUGCACUGGAUCCGCUGCCCAUGGUAAAGCUCUAUUAAUGGACAGUUCUAGUCGUGUCUUGCAAUUUGCGUCAUAUACCUUCGACGCUAGUGUCACUGAAAUACUCACCGCGCUCCAAGUUGGUGCAACUGUAUAUGUUCCCAGUGAUGAGGAGCGAAUGAAUGACCUGCAAGAUGUCAUUGCAAAGGGCAAAGUGAAUUGGACACUCCUAACCCCUUCAGUGCUCAGCACCCUGAAACCGCAAAAGGUCCCAACUUUGAAGACGAUUGUUACGGGCGGUGAGGCUAUGUCUGAGAAGGCCAUUAAGGAAUGGGUUGGCGGUCCAGCGGUUGUUAAUGCCUAUGGGCCAACAGAGGCUUCGGUCGUGGCAUCGGCCAGUUUGAAGGUCAACAAAGCUGGCGUUUCAGUGGACCAGAAUCGAUCGAACAUCGGAACUGCCUGCGGGUGUCGAACUUGGGUAGUUGAUCCUCGAAACAUUAACCGCCUAAUGCCCGUGGGUGCGGUUGGUGAGCUUCUUAUUGAGGGCCGUACAGUGGCGCGAGGUUAUAUCAACAACCCCGAGAAGACAAGUGAAGUCUUCAUCAGCAACCCAAGCUUCUCUAGGGAACGUCGCUUCCGAAGCCUGUUCUCUCACAGGCACCGCAUGUACCGUUCGGGUGAUCUUGUUCGGUACAAUCCUGACGGUAGUAUCAAUUACAUCUCACGAAAGGACACCCAAAUCAAGCUCAACGGCCAGCGAAUCGAGCUUGGUGAGAUUGAAUACCAUUGCAAAGUGAAUCUGCCCGACCAGACCCAAGCUGGAGUUGAUCUGAUCGUACCAUCAGACCGGGCUAAGAAGACUCUUGCAGUCUUCUUCAGCGUUCCGUCGGCUCGUAGUCAGCCAUUAACGCUCACUAACACCGAUGGUUCUCCCGCGGAUGAACUGCUGCUGCCUAUGAAUGAUGCUAUCCGGACAAUUGCAAAGACUCUCGAGACCAAGCUCGGUACUUCAAUUCCAACGUACAUGGUUCCACACCUUUUCAUUCCCAUGACCAAGCUUCCUUGGUCGGCGGCUGGCAAGCUGGACCGAAAUCGCCUCCGAAACAUCACUCAGGCACUAUCAAAAGAGUCUAUAAAAUCCUUCCGCCUUACUGGAGUUGCCGGUAAGCGCAACAUUUCUACCGGGCUCGAGAGUAAACUCCAGGCACUUUGGGAGAGUGCCUUGGAUCUUCCGAAAGGAUCCGUUGGUGCUGGCGACAGCUUCUUCCGUCUUGGAGGUGACUCCCUGGCUGCUAUGCAGCUUUCAGGGUCUGCUCGUUCUUCCGGGAUCUCUCUUACCUUUGCAAACAUUUUCAAGCAUCCUAUCCUGGCGGACAUGGCAUCGACUUGUGUUAUGCUGAAGGGUGGACCAUCGACGGAAGUACGCCCAUUCAGCCUACUCAAAGCCAAUGAGUCCAUCGAUGCAAUCAAGACAGAAGUUUCCCAACUUUGCCGUAUUGAUUCAGACCUAGUGCAUGAUAUCUACCCCUGCAGUUCUCUCCAGGAAGGCCUCAUUGCUUUGUCGUUGAAGCAGCCGGGCGCUUAUGUUGCGCAGAACGUGUUUAAACUCUCCCCAUCUCUCAACCUUGAGCUUUUCAAGGAAGCCUGGCAAAAGACCGUUGACGAUUUGACAACUCUCCGCACUCGCAUCGUUCAUACAGCGUCAUCGAACUUCCUCCAAGUGGUGCUGAAGCGCGACACUAUUUCCUGGCACUCGGCACGAAGCUUGGAGGAACUCUCCAGCGAAGCUGCCACUGUUCCACCAUUUAAUGGUGGUAACCUGGCUAAAUAUACCAUCGUUCAAACUCCGCGCUGUCGAUACUUCACCUGGUCAAUCCAUCAUGCGCUCUAUGAUGGGUGGAGCUUGCCCCUUAUCCUUCAACGGGUAGAAUCCAUUUACCGAGGGCAAACACCCCAGGCGCCCAAGAGCUCAUAUGCAGAUUUUAUAAGCUACCUUUCAACAAUUGAUGAGAAUAGUACCAAACAGUUCUGGACAGCCAAACUUGCAGACAUAUCUUGCUCUAAGUUCCCUCCUCUGCCACCAACUAAGGAUCAGUCAGAAACCAGGACACUGUCCCGUCACAUUGCAACCUCAUCUGUAGGAAAUGUCACAUUACCUACUAUCAUUCGUGCGGCAUGGACAUUAGUUUUGGCUAGUCAUACGGCCUCUGACGACGUGUGUUUCGGCGAAAUAUCAACAGGUCGCAAUAUCAAUGUCCCUGGCAUUGCUGAUAUCGUGGGGCCAACCCUUACUACUAUCCCCACCAGGAUCCGGGUUGACUCUCAAACAACGGUUGCAAACUUCCUGCAGGAGGUUCAGCAAGACUCUGCGGAUGUCGUUCCUCAUCAGCAUGCUGGCCUUCAAUAUAUUAGAAGGUUGAACGGCGAUGCGUCUGAAGCUUGUGAUUUCCAGAAUCUCUUAGUUAUUCAAACUGCCCAAGGAGAAGGCCAGGAAGGCCUCUGGGAAAUUCAAGCAAACAGUGAUGUGAACAACUUCUUCACCUAUCCACUUGUCAUUGAAUGUCAGCUAUCGAAGAAGAACGUCGCAAUUACGAUAUACCACAAGGAAGGUAUAAUCAGCACCUGGACCGUCGAGCGAAUUCUGGAUCAGUUCAGCUACGUCAUGGAGCAACUGUUCAAGAAGACUCCCACCACCAAACUCAGUGAAGUCGAAGUUGUCUGCCCUGAAGACAAGGAAACAAUCAAAUGGUGGAAUCGACGCACGCCACCCCAGGUUAAUGAAUGCGCCCACGAGAUAUUCAACCAACUCGCAGAUACCCAGGGAAACAAGCUUGCCGUGAUAGAUUUUGAACGACAGCUGACUUACCGCGAACUCAGAGGUCUUGCUCUGCGCUUUGCCAAACUUCUCUCUGGGAAUGGCGUUGGCCCCGAGGCUUUCGUUCCCAUAUGUGUUAAUCGGUCUGUCUGGACAGUAGUCGCGAUGAUGGCUGUGCUAAUGGCUGGGGGUGCAUAUGUACCAUUGGAUCCUUUGCACCCGGCUUCCAGACACCAGGAGAUUGUCCAGGAAAGCAGCGCGAAAUUGGUUAUUUGCUCACCUGAGUAUCGCGAUCGCUUCUCAGCCUUCGUGGACACUGUUCUCGUCAUUGAUGAGGCAACUGUUAUGUCCCUCCCGAGUGUGUACUCACUCCCAUCCAAGGCAAAACCUCACAACAGCGUGUAUGCCAUCUUCACCUCAGGUAGUACCGGAAAGGCAAAAGGUAUUGUAAUCGAGCACCGUGCCUUUACUAGUACCUCUGCUUCCUUCAGCGUCAACCUGUGUAUGCAGUCAGAUUCCCGGGUGUUCCAAUUCGCAUCCCCUUCAUUCGAUGCCUCAGUUAUGGAAAUCCUUACCACCCUUACCACCGGUGCCUGCAUCUGCAUACCUAGCGAAAAAGAGCGACUUGCGGAUAUCCCUGGCGCUAUUUCCAGAAUGAAUGUUACCUGGACAUGUUUGACACCGUCUGUUGCAAAUGCUAUUGACCCUGAUGCUAUCCCGUCCCUGAAAACACUUGUUUCCGGAGGUGAAGCUAUAUCCCACGAGAUCAUCUCUAAAUGGGCGGAUAAAGUCCAAUUGAUAAAUGCCUACGGACCCACUGAGACUUCCAUUGUUGCGGUCACCAAUACAAAGACCUCAUACGAAAAAUCCACCGUCUCCAUCGGUCAUCCCAUCCCAUCAACACUCGCCUGGGUCCUUGAUCCAAGAGAUCAUAAUAAGUUGGCCCCAAUAGGCGCCAUUGGAGAGCUGGCACUUGAAGGCCCAGGGUUGGCUCGUGAGUACCUUAAUUCUCCCGAAAAGACGGCAGAAGGCUUCCCAGAAAAUCCAGCAUGGGCUGCAGAGUUCCCAGCAGCCUCUAAACUAACCAGGCGGAUUCACAAAACUGGUGAUCUCGUCAGAUAUACACCCCAAGGUGCACUAGAGUACUUCGGGCGCAAAGAUCAUCAGGUCAAGGUGAACGGUCAGCGGUUAGAACUAGGUGAAAUCCAAAACCGUCUAGACUCAAAUUCUAAGGUCCGAAAUGCCCUAGUUUUGAUGCCUAAGGUUGGUCUCGGCAAGAAGAGACUUGUUACUAUCCUUUCUUUGGAAGGUUUUGUCUCCAGUCAAGGUUUCACAGCCAGUAGCAUCGAGAUAUUUGAAGAGCAAUCUCUGGUCGAAAAAGCAAAUGCGACGAUCGUUAAGAUUCAAGAUGACCUUUCGAGUCAAUUGCCAUCUUUCAUGGUGCCCCAGCUCUGGAUUCCAGUCAAAGCUAUCCCUCUGCUUAUUUCAGGGAAGCUGGACCGCAAACUAGCCCUAAAAUGGCUUGAGAACCUAGAUCAGGAAACGUUCGACCGAGUCACCGCGUCCCCAGAAGAGGAGGAAGAAAGCCCAGGUCAGUCGACUGAGACGACAAAGAUCUUGCGCGAGAUCUGGGCAAGUGUACUCAAUCUUGACAUUAAGGAUGUCAAAUUGAACAAAUCUUUUAUGAGCCUUGGAGGUGACAGUAUCACUGCUAUGGGUGUCAUGUCCCGAUGCCGCAAAGCAAAUAUUGAGCUUUCUCUUCACGACGUCUUGCGUAGCAAGUCGAUAGUUCACCUUGCCAGUUACGUCGGACAUAGGGUGUCCGGCCCUCAGAAAGAGGAGGUUGUGGACGAGCUAUUUGGCCUGUCUCCUAUCCAGCAGUUGUAUUUCCGGUCUUCUCAUGCUCAGGAUGGGGACGCCCGUUUCAAUCAGAGCUUUACUCUCCGGGUCACCAAGCCAACCGACGCUCGCACAUUAAAGCUUGCAAUAGAAGCCAUAGUUGAUAAACACUCAAUGCUCCGGGCUAGGUUCGUGCACGAUGGAAACAACUGGCGCCAAAAGAUUACCAAGGAUAUCAACGCUUCAUAUCGCUACCGAAAUCAUGAUAACGCGAAGAAAUAUGAAGUUUCUCGUUUUAUCAAAGAUGCUCAGAUGUGCUUGAAUAUUGAACAAGGCCCGAUCCUUGCUGCUGAGCUUCUCAACAUACAGCAUGGAGGACAGUUUAUUUUCAUGACAGCCCAUCACGCCUGUGUCGAUAUGGUGUCCUGGCGUAUCAUCCUACAGGAUUUGGAGGAGUUUAUUGAAGCGAAAUCUCUCGCCAUCGACAAGCCACUUUCAUUCCAGUCGUGGUGCUCGGCUCAAACUGCCCAUUUGAAGACCCUUGAUACCUCUUCACUUCUUCCGUUUGAUGUGAAGCCUUCAAACCUCUCAUACUGGGGAAUGGAAGGUAGACAGAACACCUACCAUGAUGCUGAAUAUGAGACAUUCCAACUAGAUAAGGUUACUUCCACCCUUGCCUUGGGUGAUAGCCACAAAGCGUUCCAAACAGAGCCGAUUGAUCUGUUCCUUACUGCGAUUGUUCACUCCUUCGCGAGGGUAUUCCCAGAUCGAGAAGUCCCCACGCUAUACAAUGAAGGGCAUGGUCGUGAUUCAUGGCAAGGAGGCCCAGACCUGUCCAGGACUGUUGGUUGGUUUACUAGCAUCUCCCCAGCGACUAUACCGGUUGAAAUGCAAAACGGAAAAGAUGAUGUAUUAGAUACUCUCAAGCGUGCCAAAGACAUUAGACGCCAGAUCCCGGAUAACGGGCGGCCCUACUUUGCUCAUCGGUACUCUACAAUGCACGCUUCUCAACAAGAUUCCUCUUUCCCUAUGGAAAUUGUGGUCAACUACCUUGGUCGCAUGCAACAGCUUGAACGUGACGACUCUCUUUUGCAACAGGCAGAUCUCAUUACGGAUGAGGAUGAGGCAAAGGACGCUGGUGACAUGGGCCCAAGGACAAUGCGAUUCGCCCUGUUUGAGAUAUCAGCCAUCGUCCUUCAGGAUCAAGUCCGCUUCACAUUUAUGUUCAACAAGAAUAUGAAACAAGUGCAGCGCAUUCGUCGAUGGAUCUUGGAAUGCAAGCAAACUCUUCGGGAGGCUGUUGACGCCAUGAACCGCAGUGCCCCUGAACCAACCCUCAGCGACUAUCCUCUGUUACCGAUAUCAUAUGAAGCUCUCCAGAAGCUCGCCAAAUCGGCCUUCCCAAGAGCCGGUGUUUCCAGCCGCGAUCAGGUUGAGGAUAUAUAUCCUUGCUCUCCUAUACAAGAGGGUAUUCUAUUGAGCCAGCUGAGGGACCCUGACAGCUAUAUAUUCCACACCAGCUUUGAAGUUACAUCUGCCAAUCCAUCGAAGAGGAUUAACGCACAAAAACUCGGUCGAGCCUGGCAACAAGUUGUUAACCGUCACGCUGCGCUACGUACAGUUUUCAUUGACAGCCCAUGCCGAGGAGUUACCUUCUGCCAACUAGUUGUUAAGGAGGUUGAUAGUGGUGCUAUUCAUAUCUCGUCCGACAACUCGAACGCAAUGGACAAACUGAGGACCAUCAGGCUGAAGGAUAUGAACGGCAAAAAACGCCCCCAGCUACCUCAUCAGAUUACCAUUUGCUCAAAACCGGAUGGUGGCGUCAUAAUAAAAAUGGAAAUCAACCAUGCUGUCAUUGACGGCGGCUCCGUAUCCAUAUUGAUGGCAGACUUAGCUGCAGCCUACGAGGAUCGACUUCCAACCGGACAAGGUCCUCUAUACAGUGACUACAUUCGAUUCAUCCGAAGUCAAUCUACAGCGGGUGAAAUCAAUUUCUGGAAGAAUUAUCUUGGAGGCCUGAAGCCAUGCCAUCUCCCGCGGCUGGGCUCCCAUACAAGCGCCCAGAAACAGCUGCGUACAACUUUCGUCAAUUUUGAACGUUACCCAGAACUUCAAGCUAUGUGCGAGCAGCAGAAGGUCACUAUGUCCAAUGUUAUGCAUGCUGCCUGGGCCGUCGUCCUAAGGGCAUAUGUUGGAUCAGAUGAUGUGUGCUUCGGAUAUCUAUCCGCCGGCCGUGAUGCCCCUGUCAACGGUAUUCAGGAGACAAUUGGAGCCUUCAUCAAUAUGCUCUGCUGUCGUGUUGUCUUCUCCCCCCGUGCAUCAUUCCAUGAAAUUUUCCGCAAAGUGCAGGAUGAUUACUUUGACAGCCUGUCAUAUCAGAGAUGCUCACUUGCCGAAGUUCAACAUGAGCUGGGACUUGCAGGCAAGCCAUUGUAUAACACUGCCAUCUCUGCUCAGAAUCAUGGAAAAUCCAGUGAUGCUGUUGAAGAAAGCAUCCUCUUCGAGCAUUUAGGUGGACACGAUCCAAGCGAGUAUGCUAUAACCGUCAACAUUGAGACAGCAAAGGGCGACGAAGGUGUUCUCCUCCGAUACUGGGACAAUAUGGUUUGCGAAGAUGAUGCUCAGAAUAUGGCCGCGAGUAUGGCUCACGUCUUAACAUCUUUCAUCACCCGCCCCGAGCAGCUUGUUUCCGACUAUGAUCCAACGAAGAUAACGGAUUCGAGCGUGAGCAAAGAACUUCUACAGCGUCCGCGUGAAGAGUCAAAGCAGGCCGAACUACAGUCAAACCUUGGACAAAUGACUACUGGAAAUCUUAGUACGGAACAACUGCUCAACAACAAUGCCGAACUCCGAAAGAUUGUUGAUUCCUGCGUUCAAGAUAUACUACAGAAGAUGGCCAAAUCUGGACAGCUAGCAGCCAAGAGUGCUGACGAGAUUUUGUUGAGUACUUCCCGUCGAGAUGUCGAUGACAACAGUAGGGCAAUGAGCACCGAUCAGACCAUCAAUUCUGACUCAAACAAAGACAUGGACCUCGAGACUGCUACCCCCUCUGAAGCCUGGGAGCAAUCUGACUACAACCCCAAGACUGACACGGAUCGGACAUCGAUGGCAGCUCAUAUUAAGAAGAGAGGAAGAUCAGCUCGCAUUGAAAAGAAGCUCCUGGCGCUCUGGAGCUCUAUGCUGGAAAUGGAUGAAGAUUCAAUCUCGGGAGAAGACAGUUUCUUCGAGUUGGGAGGCGACAGUCUCACAGCCAUGAGACUUGUUGGAGCUGCGCGAGACGAAGGUCUGUCACUCACUGUGGCUGAUGUUUUCCGAAACCCUGUUUUUGAAGACAUGGUUGCUGUGAUUCGUGUGGCCAGCAUGAUGAGUAACUACAUUGAUGGUGCUGAUAUGGAUGAUUUCAAUGCCCAAAGCCAGGCAAUUCGAUCAGCAGCCACGAGUGAACUCUACCAAAGGUUCUCACUAGUCAAGGCUCCCAAUAUCGAUGCCUUCCUUCAAAAUAACAUUAUCCCGAAGGUCGGCGUCUUCAAGGGGGGUAUGGUGGACGUCCUUCCAGUGACCGAUUUCCAGGCCCUCGCCAUCACCGGCUCUCUGCUGGAAUCACGAUGGAUGCUCAACUACUUCUACCUUGAUGGACAUGGAGUUUUGGAUCUUCGAAGGCUCAAGAGAAGCUUUAUCCGCCUCGUUCAUUCCGUUGAUAUCCUCCGUACCGUCUUCCUGCCAAGUGGUGACCGCUUCCUCCAAAUCGUUCUCCGGAAGAUGCGCCCUGAUUUCUUUGUCUAUGAGACCGAGUCCAAUCUUGACGAGUUUGUUGCGAUGCUGCAGCAGCGGGAUCGUGAGCAAGGCCCUCGCCUUGGCGAAGCGUUUGUUAACUUCACGGUGGUUAAAGAAAAGGAUAGCAACCACCACCGGAUCGUCAUUAGAAUGUCGCAUGCCCAGUAUGAUGGAGUCUGCAUGCCAAAGAUCCUGAGCGCAAUUCAAGCUGGUUACGAAGAUGAACCCCUUCCAAUGAUGUCUUCGUUUGCGAGUUACGUUCGGGCUUCAGCCUCAACCAUAACGUCAGACCAUUAUCAGCACUGGAAGACUCUCCUCAAAGGUUCCAAGAUGACAGAAAUUGUCCGACGAGAGGGACCUAACUAUCGACGAUCAGCCGGCGCCACUAGCCAACUAAAGCAAACUGUACUGUUGCCAGCCAUUGCUCACGGAAACAUCACAACUGCUACAGUGAUUAAGGCAGCCUGGGCAAUGGUCCUAGCACAACUUUCGGGAAGCCCCGACGUUGUAUUCGGCCAUACAAUCAGCGGCCGUAACACAACAGUUCCUGGAGUCGAGAGUACAAUCGGGCCUUGUCUCAAUAUUAUCCCCGUCAGAGUGCAAUUCAGCGAACGCUGGACAGCACUUGAUCUCCUGCGUUUUGUCCAGGACCAGCAAGUCAGAAACAUGCCGUAUGAAGCUCUCGGAUUCCGUGAAAUCACCAAACACUGCACAGAAUGGCCAGACUGGACCAAUUUCACUACCGUUGUUCAGCAUCAGUUCGCUAGCGUCGACGGUGAAAUGACUCUUGGCAGGAAUACCUACACCAUUGGAGCAGUUGGAACUGAAGAAGACUUCUCUGACUUCUCCAUUGUAUCCAGUCUCCAUGAGGAUGACAGAUGUGAGAUAGUACUCGGCUUCUCGCUCAACAGCUCCAUCACCCCCAUUUUCGCCCAGAAGGUCCUGAACAUGCUUUGCAACACCAUCUCCAACUUCAUGGCCGACACAAGCAUGGUCUUGCUUUCUCCUCAGCAGAUAUCAAAGAUGCCACCGCAGACCAUCGAUGAAACUCAAAAGCCAUAUGAUAGCUAUUUCCUAUCCUCACAGCUACAAGACCUUACUCAGGCGGAAAUUCUGGUACUUUCUGAUAUCCUUAGCCGAGCCUGGCGCCAAGUAUUGGGAGAAGAGAACACGACAAGCUUGAACCUUGAAUCGUCCUUCUUUGAUCUCAACGGUGACAUAAUGGGCCUUGCACAGGUGGCUUGGCUUCUUGAACAAGAAGGCUUCACGGUGCGAGUAGAAGACCUUAUUGACCAUCCAACAAUGCUUGGACAGAUGGCUACUUUAUGUUCUCAACGGUCAAUGGAGAAAGAAAAAGCCAUUGAAGCAUCCUCGUCCCAGAAUUCAAUCGAAGAUGAGUACGACUCUAUCCCGAAUGCAAAGGUAGAGAAGAACUCCUGGUUCAAGGCUUUGGGCAUGGCCAGACGGAUGGUUCGACGCAAUACUCGUCCAUCUUAA